GGAGGAGGAGGAGGAAGAGGAGGAGGGGGACUUCGUCUUCGCCUUCUUCUCUGCGAAGCUGCUGCUGCUGCUGCUGCUGCUUCUGGCGCAAGAGGCUGGCUGGCCGGCUGGCUCCCCCCCCCCCCGCGGGAGGCACCAUGAUCUCCUGAGCCGGGCCCUCCUCCGGAGCUCCCCGCCUCCUCCUGCCUCCCCUUCCCUCAUGGAGUGACCCUCCGCCGGCACCGGCUGGAAGCGCCGCUGCUCCCCUCCUGCGGAGCCCCGUCCUUCCCGAGCUGCUGGGGAGGGCCGCCUGGCAGAGCCCCGAUUAAACAGAGAGAUGCUGUCUACCUGAGUUGAGAUAUCUGCAAGACUGGAUGACAAGUGUCCCAGAACUGGAGGGCAGUAUAGUCAUCCUCAGGGAAAGAUACAUACAUACGCAUUGAAAGCUAAGCUUGUGUGAAAACUGAAACUGACUUCUAAUUGGUGGCAACCUGAGGAACUUACCUUCACUCCAAUGUUGCUCUGAAGAACAGAAAAGGAAAACCUGCAUGAGAAAUCGAACAAUCAAGCUUGCCAAGUUUCACUGAUUCCUGUGAAUGAAGGGUUUCGUCUUAGUAAGUCGCAUCAGCGCACCCAAUACUAGGAAAAAUGCCUCAAGAACAGUACACACACAGGAGUGCCAUGCAGAGCUCAGAAGGGCCACAUGUGUACAAAGUGGGGAUUUAUGGCUGGCGGAAGAGGUGCCUCUAUUUCUUUGUGCUACUCCUAAUGAUUUUAAUCCUGGUGAACCUUGCUAUGACCAUCUGGAUUCUCAAGGUUAUGAACUUCACAAUUGAUGGAAUGGGCAACCUAAGAAUCACAGAAAAAGGCAUAAAGCUAGAAGGAGAUUCAGAAUUCUUGAAACCUCUCUACGCCAAAGAAAUCCGGUCCAGUACAGGCAACCCUCUGUACUUCCAGUCUGCUCGGAAUGUUACAGUGAACAUUCUCAAUGAGGAGAGUAAAGUUCUUACACGUCUGGUAACAGGUCCCAAAGCAGUGGAAGCAUACAGCCAAAAAUUUCAAGUGCUAACCACCAAGGGGAAAGUGUUGUUUUCUGCAGAUGACAAUGAAGUAGUAGUUGGAGCAGAAAGACUGAAAGUUUCAGGAGCAGAAGGCACAGUGUUCCCUAAAUCCAUAGAAACUCCCAAUGUCAGGGCAGACCCCUUCAAGGAACUAAGACUUGAAUCACCCACACGCUCUUUGGUGAUGGAGGCUCCCAAGGGAGUUAUCAUUGAUGCCGAGGCUGGCAACCUGGAAGCCACAUGUAGGACAGAACUCAAGCUGGAAUCCAAAGAUGGAGAGAUAACGUUGGAGGCCGCAAAUAUCAAACUACCUAGAUUGCCUCAGGGAUCCUACUCCCCUUCCGGAUCUGGGCAAAAAGCCUACGAGCUGUGUGUGUGUCCCAAUGGGCGGUUGUUCCUGACUCAGGCGGGAUCUAGUUCCACCUGCCAGAUAAAGACAAGCGUCUGCCUUUGAGAGAGACUCUUUGCAGCAGGCGCAGCUAGGGGCAGCAUGGCCCCUGCCUGGGCUCCCCAACUAUUUUUACUAGAACACAGAAAGCCUAUCAAAGACUUUUGUGUGUGGGAGUGUGCGGGUGUGAGUGUGUGGGUGUGAAUAUAUAAAUAUACAGAUAUAUAUAGAUAUAAAUAGAUAUAUAUAUAUAUCCUUUGUGUAAAAUGAGGUUUCAGUACAAGAAAUCCCAGGGUGACCCUCUUUGUGUAGCAUUCAUUGCAUAAAAAUUUGUAAGCUGUGCACAAAUUAGAUCCAGAACCUUCCAAGCAGUGGCAGCAGCUGGAGCCCAUGUCUGUGAAUCUGUUCUGGGUUUUAGUCUGAACAUUAAAGGUGCUAUCUACAGUGCUGAAACCUAUCCCCCAGAUACAUUCAGCACCUUGUGUCGUUCCUUUGAAAUUUAGACAAAAAUAUAGAAUAGAUUCUACCCAUCCACCCAUCCCAUCCAAUGGAGAGAGCUCUGCUUCCAAGAGGAUUCAAACUGUGUCAAAGUCUCUAUAGAUAAAGGGAAUGCUUUCAAGCCUUUCUAAAUUUGGUUAAAAUCUCUAUCAGACAUGACACUUUGCCUACAUGGGUGUAAGGAGAAACAAUGCCAUAUGAUAAGGAUGCACCCAUGUUUUAUCUUCCACAUGUACAGAAAACAAGAUCUGUCCCUGUGGCCUUCCAGUGUGUCCAUCUCAGAUAGAUGUAAACAUCUUCACAUGAGAUGGUGUGCGCAUGUUCCCACAUGGUUUAGUUUUCUCUGCCUUUGUAUACCUGAGUAGGCAUAAUGUCAUGUAUGAAGCAUCUUUUAAAAUAUAGCUGUCACACACAAUAAAGGGCAACACCACUUGUAGCAAAUCCUUCUCAGCUCAAUUCUGAAGGUAGAAGAAACAAAAGAAAUGAAGGUUAUCCGGACUAUAUGGACAGUCUUCCAUUCAGUGGAGUUUUCAGAAACAAACAGGAAUCUGGAUUGUUAAUCACUUAACUAUUGGAUGAAUUGGGAAGAAUCACAUUUUCACUGAUAUGUCAGCUUCUAAGUCAUGGUCUUAAAAAUAUUCAGCUGAUAGUUAUUUUAAUGGCAGCCUUCCCCAUCUUGGGUUGGCCUGCCUUACAUUUUGAGAGCCAUGCUUAAGAUGUAAAUGUGAUUCUAUGGCUAUUUGCUAACUCAUCAAAGCAAAGUGUAAACUGUCCAUUGAAAGGCAACAUAAUGAGACAAGUAUCUCUGAUUCUUGUUAUACCGGGAGAUGAUCAGACUUCCUACUGCUUAGGGUGAUCCAAGACACCUGUGGUUAAAUUACAUGUAGCUCACUUCUAAUUAGAAAUACAUAUCUUGUGUGCUGCUAUCCAUAAUCCUGGGCCUAAUUUGGCUACCUGAUGUCUCAUUAAGAAGUGACAUAAAAGGCCUUAUCAAAGUGUUAUCUGCUGAAAAGAGCUCAAGCUAAAAGGGGAGUGGUGCCACAAAGCUGGUCCUUCCCUUGGCAUCAUAGCUGGACACUGGAGGACACUGAUUUUACUCAUGGAAGAUUUCCCACUCAAUUGGGAAUGCUAUUCAGGGCAUCUAAUCAUACAGAGGAGCCCCCCUCCCACUGUACAUCUUCCACAGUCCAACUCUCAUCAUCAUCAUCAUCAUCAUCAUCAUCAUCAUCAUCAUCAUCUGUUUAUAUAGUGACAUCACUGUACAUGGCACUUUACCAAGUAAAAGAACAACAAAACAGUUACCCUCAGUCUUACAAUCUAAGCCUUAAAUGGCAUGGAUCACUCUUCAUGCAGAGGGGCUAAAGACUAGAUCAGUGUAAGUGAUGACCUAUAUAAUCCAUACAAACAUCAUGUGUAGUACACUGGACCAAAUGGGCAAACAUGAUGCAGCUCCUUGAUGUCUCUUUAGAAGAAAAACAGUGGUGGUUCUCCCUCUUGAUCACAAGUAGCAAAAAAAUCUUAGAAAGAAAGCAAUGCAGAGAGGAAGAACCUUGAACUAAUUGUCCUUUUCAUGUCAACUGUGCCAAACAUAUUUUUUUUGUCAUCAUCACUGUCUUUAGUACAGAUCAGUAUGGAAGCAGCAUAGCCUGUGCAAAUUGCUUACAGUAUAAUGCACAUCUGACCUGAUGAAAAACUACAAAAGUGAGGAGAUGUUCUUAGUGUUAGUAAAACACAAUCUAGUUUUCACUGCAAGUACAUAUAAAAAUAUAGGAAGUUCACAACCAUAGGUGUUUGGAUCACCCUUUGCUGUCAACAGUUGAGGCUUUCAGUUUCUAAAAAUGAUUUUUUUUUUAUUCCAGAAUGAAUGCAGAAGAGCUGUAUGAGAAAACAUUUGCUGGAUCAUGGCAUGAGGACAUAAAAAAUUUAAAAGGCAGUCAUGUGUCUGCCAUAAUAGACUACUUGGACUAGAAGGACAUGGGUAGGGGGCAAGUAUCCUCCCUAUCUAGAAUGUUUUAGGGAGAACAGAACAGCCGAUGUCACAAAUUAUGGAUAAUUCAAAUCUCAGAGAUGCUUAUUUUGAAGCAGAAGAUUCUGAUGGUUUGCAUUCAUUGUGACUGGUUUGCAUUCAUUGUGACAGAACUGGUUCAUUAGAAAGUAAUGCAAAGGUUUCUUUUACAAUUGAGACUAAGAUAAUCUUCCCUGUAGGAAAGGCAAAAUGGGUGGCCAUGUUAGUCUGUUGUAGCCAAAGCAACAGUGAGUCUUGGAAUUCUUAAAAAUUGCAAGUACCCUAAAAUGCAUAUCACCAUAGAACAUUUUGUUAUGUUUCCCUACAGGAAUCAUCUAUGAGAUGGAAGUAAUAACAUCCCAGAUCUGAUGUGUCUGGAAGGGCACAGCACUUUUAAAAUUGGUUCUAUAAAUGACUGCCAGAUGCAUUUCUCUAAUCCAUGAAAAAAAUGACAAAUAUUGUGGAAUCCAUUCAUACCCCCAAGCUUCAUUGAGAAUAGAUUGAUAAUUAUACUUUUAGCAACUUCAAGACAGAAUCUGACAUAUUCUUUUCAAGCCAUUUUGUUUGAUUUCUUGUGGCUAGAGAGCACCAAGAGCUUAAUUGACAAGAUUGUCAGUGUCAAUAUGGAAAGCACCUUCACUGAUUUCAAUGGAGCUUGGAUUAAGCCAUUUCUAAAUAUUGUACUCUGGUGCUUCAGCUUGAUAAUAAAGAAGGCCUAAAGACACCACUUUGGGUGGACAGUAAAUAAGCAGCUCCACAUUACAUUUUAUAGUGCAUAUUUACUCAGAAGUGAGUCUCAGUGUGUUCAGUGGAACAUACUUCCGGGUAAAUAUCUUUAAGAUUGCAGCCUUAGUGACACUGUUAGAACUUUAAAGCAUUUGCAAAUUGAAUGGGUCUUGUCAUCACUUAUUUUUCAAGCUGACACUUCAAUGCAAGGGGGUCACCCAGGAUAACAAUUGUAUUGGGACACAAGACUAUACACCAUCUCUGUUCAAAGAGGGAGACGUGCCUAUGCCUUAAGUCAAUGCACUCAGCAAGGAGAAGCACAUCAUAUUUAUCUUAUUAUUAAGCUCAUUUAUUUGGCGUGUUGGAUUGACAGUUGGAGAGAAUGGUGAUUGCAUUGUUUGAGAGUUGAAUGAUGGCUUAUGAAGCAGACUCACUAGAAAUUCAUGAAGACUGUGGGACAGCCGAAACAAGUGAAAAUCUCUGACAUGUUUUGGCCUGAGCAUUGAACUUCUGAGUUCAUCCCAGAUAUCCAACUUCAGAUCUUCAGAAAUGUUUGUAUGUGGUGGUAAUGUUUUAUUUCUUUUUCAUUUCAUAUUGAACAUUAAUCACAUGUAAGGGCCAUUUCAUUAAGGAAUACUUGUCAGCCUGCACAAGAUGAUAAAUGAGCUGGACACUGCAAAGAAAAUACACAUAUUACAAUGUAA